AUGCUACGGCCGUUGAAAUGGCUCAACCCCACAGUGACGCACUUUGGAAGUUGUCGCAGCCAGUUCUUUUUGGCUCAAACCUCUCGGUUGCUGCACCUCGGUUCAUUGAAGAUGAAGGCCAUGGCUUGCACGGCAACGCUGAUGGAAGACAAAGAUAGGUCGCAACUUGAGAAGGACACGAAGAAGAAAUCGAUGACCACGGACAAAAUCGUCAAACGACAUCGGCAGAAAGUGGCAGAUUCUCGCGUGAAAAUCUACAAUUUCCUCGUUUGCCAUGGCUUUGACCCUGAGAAUGUCAAUUUCCGAAAAACAACCAGGCGUGGAUUCCUCUUUGACAGCUACACUUUUCCUUUGCAUGUGGCAGCAAAGCAGAAUGAUCCAGAGAUGGUGGCCCUGCUGCUGUGGUUUGGAGCAGAUCCUUUGCACUUUGAUUCUGGCAGUCGCACUGCCUACGACUGCGCCACGACGGAGGUGAAGGCUGUUUUUGAGAGGAUGAAUGCCGCGCCGCAUUCGGCACGCCUUUGUGGGAAGACGAAGUUGGAGAGGAUCCCAGCCCCACGAGGCUUUGAACGUUUUUUUGAAGAAUUGGAGAAGGAUCCUUUGGUCAGGGGAUGCUUGGCGUUGGGGACACCUCUGGACUGCGAAGACCCUUCUGGAAAAACAUCACCGAGGGUUAAAUACACUAGAGUUUGGUAUGCUAUAGCUGGCCGGAUGUGGUUCGAUGAUUUAUGGUUUUUGAAGAAAACGGUGAUUUUCCAUAGCAAACUUGUAAAUUACCACAGGGUAAUCAUUUUGUUCCAUUUUUGGUUGUGCAGGAUGUCUUCAAGAUGUGCGGGAUUUGGUGCUGCAAAGCGCAUUUGUCGACGUGUUGAGACAUCGUUCGGUUCACAUGUCCAGCGAAUAAUUUAUUGCACACCAUGA